AUGAUAGAACUUAUGAAUUUAUAUUUUAAUGAAAUGGAUAAAUUUCAUCAAAGUGAUAUAUACACAAUUAUUGAAAAAUAUAGUAAAGAAAAAGAAUAUAAUUCUAUUAUGACACCUAUUUUUAAAGAGUUUAUGCAAACACACCGUAUAAGAAUAGUAGGUAUUACCUGUGCAUCUGGUGGUACUGUGGGUUUCGCUAUAAUAGGUGGAGCAAUUGCAUUUUUUUCAUUGCCAUUUCCAGGUUUAUUAUUUUCAAGGGUUAAAAGGACAAAAAAAUUUAAAGAAAAAUAUUGUAUAAUUAAUGGCAUAGAAGAUGACAAGAAGGAUGAUACGAUUGCAAAUACCUCUCAAGAUAAGGUAGAAGAAAAUAUGGGAUAA